AUGGCCUCAGACUCAGCAUCUGGCGAUAGCAGCACCCUGGCCGCGCUGGUUGGCAGCGCGGUAGCGGAGCAGCUCAUAACGGAACAUGUAUCCCAUGUGAUAUCCGUAUCAAGCGAGACGGCAUCGGAACCAGCCCCGGCCUCAGCUGCACCUACACAGCACUCGUCCGCAGAGCUCCUCGCCAUAGGCCUGGCCGCUCUCGACGCCUUCCUCCAAGCAACCGUCACCGGCCCCGUCCUCCCGGCAAAGGAAUCAAAUCAAGUCGAAAAGUUGUUUGUCAGCGCCUGGAACUCCAGCCACGCAGAAUCUCGCGACUCGGCCGUUGCGCUGCACCAGCUUCGAAGAGCUUGCCUGAAGUAUCUCGAAGUCGACGGCGUUGCUCCUUAUGCCUACAUUCCCUAUCUGGAACUCUUCUCUCUUGCCAAGUAUAUCUUGAUUGACUCACUGGCUGCGGAAGAGAAAGACAUCUUUGAGCUGCCCUCAUCCGAAAAGACCUCCGCUAAGCAUAGCCUUGCCUGGGAGAGACUGCGCGUCAACGUCUGGCACUACAAGAUCAUCACGCAGCCAAGCCUGGGCUCGUCGUCCAACUUCAACAAGAGCUCCCAGUGGAGUGAUGUGCCCUCUUUGGCAACGCAGAUCAGCAAGGAGAUAGACGCGGUCCACGAGAAAAUCCUUGGCACCGAAGUCUGGGCCACGGAGGAGACUUGGACCAGAGAGGAAAAGGCCUUGUUCCUGAUCGAGGCUGCCAACAACUACAUCUUGCUUGGCCGCUAUGACAAGGCAAAGGAGGCCCUCAAAGAAGCCGCGAAGACGAGCGGCGUUACCUAUGCUCUGUCCGGAGCCCUAGGAAAGAGGACCAAGUUCCAGGAGCAAAGUCUAAGUCAGCUGGUUGUCUUUGCGAAAAGCGCCUCUGAACAGGACAGCGCUGGAGCUGCCGCCGGAGAGAGCAAGGACGACGAUGAUGAUGAGGUGGCUGCCAUGCCAGAUGCGCUCAAGCUCAACGACGAUACCCUCUUGGAGGAGAUUCAGUUCACAAAGGAGCCCGUCAAGGACACAGCAGCAGUCGACGCUCUGCCACCUGCGUUAGCUGAGCUGUCGCCAGACGACCAGCCUCAGCUGUCACCCCUUGAUGAAAUGAUUCUCCUUACCGAGGCAACCCUCAAGGAUGCCUUUUCACCUGACGACGGCCUCACGUCCGAGCAGAUUCUGCCCUUUGCCGCCCGUGUCCUGACCGACAAGUCCGUCAACUGGCAGAUCUACACACAGGCGCUGCUCGUUCGCUCGAGGAUAGAAAUCCACAGAAGCAGAACAGUCGAGCGCGGUGUCCUUCAGCUCCAGGCCGUGGCCGACCAAGUCCUCACCGACACCACAUUCUCUACUGCAGCUAACGAAGAGCAGAACAAAGAUGAUGCGGACUCAACAGAUGUUCCCGCCAUCCAGGUUACCGCUCCCGGCCAGACGGCUGCCCCUGUUGAUGAUUCCAAGCCGACUUCCUUCCUCCCUGCCGCAUCAAACUCCGAGUCGGCCCCCGCCCACGUCCGUCUCCGUUACAUCCACGCUCUAUCCACCCCUCCGCGAUGGCACCUCGAGUCCGAGCUGGCCUAUGCCUGGGCCGGCGUCGGUUCCAUGACGUCCGCCCUGGAAAUCUUCAAGCGCCUGAAGCUGUGGGCCGAAGUCGCUCUCUGCUACGCCAGCGCCGCCGCCGCCGAAGACGAAGAUGGCCGCGGCAGCGGAGGAGAAGACAAGGCCAAGGGCAUCAUCCGCUGGAGGCUCUUCAACAAGACCGGAGUCACGACGCCUUCCUCGUCCGAGCCUGACGACGAAAUCGUCGGCCAAGACGUCGGCUUCCUCAAGGCAUCCGACUUCUCCGGACCCGAACGACAGCCCCCGCCGCCCAACGCCCCCCGUCUGUGGUGCAUCCUCGGCGACCUGGAGAACGACCCGGCUCACUACGAGCGCGCGUGGGAAAUCUCCAAACACCGCUACGCUCGUGCCCAGAGAUCGCUGGGGGAAUACCACCUCGGCCAAAAGGAUCUCCUCAAGGCCCUCGAAGCCUACAAGAAAGCCACCAGCGUCAACAGACUCAGCCCCGACAUGUGGAACCGUCUCGGCGACAUCAGCCUCCGCCUCGGCCUCUUUGAAGACGCGGCAGAGGCAUACAGCCGCUCCAUCGGCUGCGCAAACGACACCGAGGGAGGCGAAGGCGCCCGGACAUGGAGCAACCUGGGCAGCGCCCUCUACAGCCUCUACUGCGAACUGACAGCCCCCGGCAACAAGGACGCCAAAGCAAACGAAAUCAAAACUACCAGCGCUGACGAUGACGAAGAAGAGAUCUCGACAAACGCAGAAGAGAAGCUCACCCCCCGCGACCCAAGCAAGCUCCUCUCCCAAUCGCUCGCGGCCUACAAACGAGGCGCCUCCAUCGCCCACGACAACUGGCGCAUCUGGGACAACGUCGUGACCCUCGCCUCGCGCAUCCACCCGCCUCCCUUCGCGGACAUGGUCCUCGCCCUCUCGCAAAUCAUCCGCAUCCGCAAGUCCGAGCACGCCCUCGACGCCAACGUCCUCUCCGCCCUCCUCCAGGACGCCAUCCUCUCCAAGGAGGACAAGCCGCCCGUUGCCGGCGGCGUGUACGAGCCGCCCCGGGGCUCCGUCGAGCGCCUCGUCAUCCGCCUCGUCGAAGAGGAGGUCGCGCCGCUCAUCACCACCCGCGCCGAGCUCUGGACGCUCGUCGCCCGGCUGCGCGCCUGGAGGAACGACUUCGCCGGCGCGAUUGACGCCUCGGAACGGGCCUGGCGCGCGGCGGUUGGCGGCGGGGGUGGUGGUGGUUCCGGGAGCGGGCUCCUUCCGGGCGAUUCGUCGUCCGCAGACUGGACGAGCGACGAGGCGGCGUGGAGGGAGGUCGUCAAGCGCACGGACGAGCUCGUCUCCGUGCUGGAGAACUGGGGGCCGGAGGUCGAGAGCAUUGGGGCCAAGUGGAAGGGCAAGGCGAGGAGCGCGGUGCGGAGCGUCAUGGGACGGGGCAAGGCGACGUGGGAGGGGAGCGAGGGGUGGAGGACGUUGGAGGGUUUGAUGGAGGGUUUGAAGGUGGACAGGAGUUGA